AUGAAGGCGUAUGGUGCUCCCACUCCCCCUCUUCUCCCUCUAAAUUCCAACAGGUGCUCUGAUUUCACCUUUAUCUUUGUCCUUUUUUUUCAUGUGUGCUUUUGUUUGUGCUUAUAUGCAGGUGUCCUUGAAAAGACGGUGGAGAGGGAGGCUGCUGCUCUCACCAAGGCAAAGACACUUUACAAGUCCUGCAUAAACGAGAGCUUAAUAGAGCUGAGAGGAGGGGCUCCUUUGCUCGACAUGCUGCCAGACAUCUUUGAGUGGCCCAUGGCUGUGGACAACUGGGAGGAUGACUAUGGGAAAACCUGGAGGUUAGAGGAUGUCAUUGCCAGGUUAAAUGAGAAAUAUGGAACUCAACUCCUGGUUAACUUUUUCGUUGGUACCGAUGACAGAGACUCCACUUCAUACAUCAUUCAUUUUGACCAGCAAACAACCCUUGGCCUCUUGUCCAGAGAUUACUAUGUCUGCGAGGGUCCCUAUGCAGAGGCAUGUCGAGCUUACGAGCAGUUCAUGUUUGACCUGGCUAAGCUGAUCCGUUCUGACCGGGGACUGGAUAUCAAUGAAACCCACAUAAGGGAAGAGGUGACACGAGUUGUGGAUCUGGAGAGAGACAUCGCCAAUGCCACUGACACACCAGAAGAUCGGAACAACCCGGUGUUGCUUUACAACAAGAUGGAACUGGGGGAGCUGAACAGAAACUUCACUCUUGAAAUUGACUCUCAGAAAUUCAACUGGAGUUACUUCACAGCUAAGAUAAUGGACACCGUGAACAUCAGCGUUCCUGAAUCGGAGAAAAUCAUCAACUACUCCCCAAACUAUUACAGAAGACUCAACUUUGUAUUAGCCAAGUACACCAAGAGAGAUCUGCAGAACUACAUGGUUUGGCGGUUUGCUAUGAACAUGGUGGUGGGGAUGAGUCGAGCUUACAGAGACACCAGGAAAGCUUUCCGCAAGGCUCUGUCUGGGACAACAUCAGAGGUGGCCGUGUGGCGACAGUGCGCACUGUAUGUCAACAACAACCUGGACAAAGCUGUGGGACGACUGUAUGUGCAGGAGGCUUUCUCUGAGAAGAGCAAAGAGCUGAUGGAGGAGAUGAUUAAAGAUAUUCGGGAAGUUUUCAUUAGUAACCUUAAUGACCUCGCCUGGAUGGAUGAAGAGACCAAAAAAGCAGCAGAAGAGAAGGCCCGAGCUAUCCGUGAACGCAUUGGUUAUUCUGAAGACAUCAUGGAUGACAAAUAUCUAAACAAUGAGUACAAAGAUGCAUACAAGGACUUUGUGAAGCAGCAUGGAGAGGAGCCCACACUGCCUGGGAUUGACCUCUCACAUGAUCAACUCUUCUUUCUUAAUUUUGCUCAGAUUUGGUGUGGAUCACAUCGACCAGAGCAAGCCGUCAAUUCCAUUAAAGUAGACGUGCACAGUCCAGGGAUGUUCAGAGUACUGGGCUCCCUUCAGAACUUCCCAGAGUUUGCCAAAGCAUUCAACUGCAACAAAAGCAGCAACAUGGUCUCUGACAACAUUUGUCGUGUUUGGUGACCUAAAGACCUCUGGGAUGGGCAUUUUUGUUCCCCAUUUCUGCCGGUACGAUACCUCUCCUGUAUAACUGCUGGAGCUCCAUGGAAGGCUGCAGUGAGAUGGAAACUUCCCUUUGUUCUUUGCUGGAUGGACCACAGCUGGUGAACAGGCAGUGCAGCAUGCACUUCAUCCAAGAUGGCAGCAGACAAUAACCCUCAUGGGCAGAAGCACUGUCUCUCAAACUUUAAUACUGUUGUAAUAAAUCAACUCUUUCAAUCUCCUGCUCACUGAAUACAAUCACUCCUUCUGUUUUUUUAAUCUUUUAUUCUGUUUUUUGCUUUCACGUUUGCUUUCCAUUUGAGCCUGCCAGUGUUUGUUUUGUGGGUGAAUAUGCGAGUGUGUUUCAGUCAAAACGCUUUACAAGUAGUAGGCAAUAGAGUGGCGGACAGAAAAAUGUGCUCAACCCACUCACGCAUUAAUACGCCGCCUACCCACUCACAUACAUGCAACAGGGCCGAACCACUGUAUCGUAUGUGGGACUCAGCUGGAACUCUCAUAAACCUCGGCUGUUUUCAGCCUCUGGCUUGUCUGCAGAUUUUCUCUAGUUUUCCCAUCAUGAACCAUUUUAGUUUGAGUAAAUUAUCACACAGAAUUUAUUUUUGUCUAAUGGAAAAAUAUUUAAUCAUGAUACCUGAUUGCAAAGCUCUGUAAUGCAGAAAAAGUUGAUGGCUGCUGACCAGGGUCUUUUGUUUUAUAAUAGAAUAAUUAACCGAAACUGCAUUUCUUUUCUUUCUAUAUAACAACUGAGAUGACAAUCUACUUAUUCCAGACCUUUUUUCAUGAAUUGUACUGAGCCUCCUCUGUUUUUGUGCGAAUGUUGUCUAUGCUUUGUACCCAUGUCAAUUAUCACUGCCUGCUGUUGGCCAAACUAAUUGGUAUGCCUUAUGAUUGUUACCACAAGUGUGCAUUUAUGAAAACAAAGAAUCUGAAUAUAUAUUAAAGAAUAGUUUAACUUUGUACAU